CUACAAAGCUGCCAUCAGACCACAUCUCUGAAGAAAACCCGACCGCAGGCUGCAGUUUGACUUUAAGCUGCUAGAAUCACAAUGAGAGACAGCAGACAUUAUUAACAUUUCGCCCACACAUAACAGCAAAUAACCUAUCAACUGAAAUUACUUUUAAAACAUUUUUAAAUAAAUAACCACACCUUAGAACUAAAUUAAGAGUAUUUACACAUUAUUCAGUAUUACUACUUCAACCACUGCUUUAAUCAAAAUCAUUUGCCUUGCUGUUGUAAAAUAUUUAAGUGUUGAAUUAUAAAUCAAAGACUAUUUGCAGGUUUAAGGUGACAAUUAACUAAAGUAGCAUUAGUAUGUAACCAUACAUCAUUGCUAAAGAAGAAAGUGUUCAUUUCAGCCAAUAGGAGGGUCAAACUCUCUUGUGGGUGGAGUCAUGUUUUCAGAGGGGAGUUUUUAUCCACCAAUCUUUCACUGAACGUCUGAAGAAAAUGUUUGGCAUGUUUGCUUUAUGUUUGUGCUGGUGGUGUUUAGCUGGUGUGUUUGGCGAGUCUGUGUCAGUGACAGAGGGAGAUUCGGUCACUUUACACACUGAUACUCAAACAUCUACAGAUGACAUAAGAUGGACAUUUGGAGCUGAAAACUCUCUCAUCGCUAAAAUUAAAAUAAAGAAGCAAAACCUCUCCACAUAUGAUGGUCCUGAUAUGAGAUUCAGAGACAGACUGAAGCUGGACAAUCGAACUGGAUCUCUGACCAUCAUGAACAUCAGAUCUGAACAUGCUGGAGAUUAUAAAAUGCAGAUCAGUGGAGAAAAAAUUAUAAUAAAAACCUUCAGCGUUUCUGUCUACGCUCGUCUGCCUGUUCCUGUCCUCAUCUUUAACUCUUCUCAGUGUUCUUCCUCCUCAUCUUCUUCAGUGCAGUAUUGUUCAGUGUUGUGUUCAGUGGUGAAUGUGAGCGCUGUGAGUCUCUCCUGGUACAAAGGAAACAGUGUAUUGUCCAGCAUCAGUGUGUCUGAUCUCAGCAUCAGUCUCUCUCUACCUCUGGAGGUGGAAUAUCAGGAUAACAACACUUACAGCUGUGUGAUCAACAACACCAUCAGCAACCAGACCACACAUCUGGACAUCAACACAGUCUGCCAGCUGAAUGAUGGUCCUCCAGACUCAGGAUCUCUGCUAGUGUUGAUCUCUGCUGCUGCUGUGGGAUCUCUGCUGAUGAUUUCUGCGAUCGGGAUCUUCUGCAUCUGCAGGAAACACAGAAAAACAGAUCAAGAAGUUGAGAUUCGAUCAGAGAUCAAUUAUGCUGAGACGGUGUUCAACAAAAGAUGCGAGCAUGAAUCAAAAAGUAAAGAGGAUCAUCAGGUGCUGUAUGGCCAAAUCAUGACAUGAAGAUAAACUUUAAUAUUUUGGCAACUACCUCACAUUGGGAGUUUAAGAGAUUUGCAUGUGUGAUUGAAGGGAUAGUUCACACAAAAAUGUAAAGUUACUCACUAUUUACUCAGCCUCUAGUGGUUCCAAACCUUAAUACAAGUUUCUUUCUUCUGUUAAACAUAAAAUAAGCUAUUUGGAAGAAUGCUGAAAACCUGUAACUAUUGACCUCAAUGGUAGGUGAAACAAAUACUAUAGGUGUCGAUAGUUACAGGUUUACAGCUUUCUUUAAAAUAUUUUCUCUUGUGUUUUACAGAAGAAAGAAACUCAAACAUGUUUGGAACAAGUGAAGGGGGAUUAAAUAAAGACUGAAUUUUCAGUUUUAAGUAAACUAUCUCUUUGUAAAACAAAUUACUGUUCAUGUAACAGUGUUUUUAACACCUUGCCUAAUUCACAUGGCUCAUUAUUUUAAUGAUAGACUGCUAAAUCCUUAUGUGUACCUCAGGUGGAACAUCAGUGUGACACAUACGUGCAAAAUACUCACCAGGUGUGAGAAUGCACAUUUCUCAGUUUUUCUAUUUAUGUCUGUGGUUUGAUAUGCUGGACUAACAGCUUCUGCAAAAGCUUGUGAAGGUGCGAUGAAUGUUUGAUCUUUUUAUGAAUGCAUGCAUGUGUGAAAAACUUGUGGCUGCUUUUUCCAUUCCAACUCAUUUACAAAUGACACAUAAACAUCCACCGUUUGACUUCUGCUCUACAUACAACUCAAUAAAGAACUCAUCAGUGCUCAUAGUUCAUAAACAAAGAUCAAAUCAAGUAGUUUUAUUACCAUUAAAUAUGAAAAUAUCAAAAACGUAUACAAGCAUAAUGGUUUCUGUGGUUUUGCUGAUGUGGUUUGGCUUCAGUAAUUAUUUAAUUUCACUUUUAAAAAGAAAACAUGCUGUUGUUGUUGUUGUUUUUUUUUUUAAACCUCUCUUUGUCUUUAAUCAUACUAUGUGAAUAUAAGUCCUUUUAUUUUGUGGCUCCUAUCAUGCUGAUAUCUGAUGGAUAUGUGGAAUUUACUGUGCUUUUAUCCAUUGUGUGGUCCAAGGUAAAACAGAAAUUGUCAAAAUGUGGGCUUCGCUCGCUCAUAUUUUAUACAAUUAAUAAAUAAACUGUGAAAAUUAAAAUGAAUUUCUGUGUGUGGGUGGGAUUUACAUCCCCAAUGUCUCAGCUUUAAUUGCUUUUAUUAUUAAUAAUUCUAGAUAAAAGUCUGCAGGUCUGCUGCACCUGUCAAAAAUAGAGUUUUUCCGUCACUGGGGGCUCAUACUGGUACCGUUAAAAGUAUAGAGUACCUAAAAAGUCCAAAAAUGUAUAAUUUGAAUUUACGUUAGUUUAAUUUAGAUACAAGUGUGGCCUUUUUUUUUUUUUUUUUUUUUUUUUUUUUUUUUUUUAAAGGUACUGAACAUAUUGGACCUCCAACUUAAUAUCAGCUCAGUAAAGGGAGAUAUUCUGGCAUUUGAUGCUGAUUUAGCUGAGGAUGUGAAUCUUAAAACAACUAGGAUUUUAUAUUUUACCUUUUUUUUUUUUUUUUUUGUUACAUGGCUGAUGAGUAAAUAGGACAUUCUACCAGAA